UAAUUAUCUUUACCUCGCGCAGUGGAGUACUAUUUUCGACAUUUCGCUUUCUGGAUCUAGGGUUUCGCUUUUGACUACUCGUUUCUCCACCACCAACACCAUCGUCAUCAUCAACACCAUCAAAAUCAAAACCAUAGCUCCACCAUUUAUUGUUUCUGAGACGGAAAUCCAAUCUUAGAUCGCCUAGAGUUUUGGAUCAUCUCACCAGCAAUCAGUUCUAAUUUUUUUUUCCAGGAAAAAACCCUAAAUUUUCUCUGAAUGAUCUGGGAUUUUUAGUUUUGUUUGUUAAAUUCCAAAAAAAAAAAAAAAAAAAAAAGGGAUCAAAUCUAAAGCAUUCUUGAGACGAAGAUGAUAUUUGCCCUGGAAAGGAACUCAUAGAAAUCACGAGUUUUACAAAGAAACUGAUGAACAAUCUGAGCCACCAGAGAGUAAGAUUUUGACUAUUUUAGUUUUGGGAAAAAAUUACUAUGUAUAAGGCGUUGGUGUAUCAGGGGGAAGGGUUACUGGGAGAGGUAGAGAUAUACCCAGUAGAGAACAUCAUCAACAACAACGACAACACGAUGGUUGAAGUGAAGGAAAUCAGAAUAAGUCACUUUUCGCAAGCGAGUGAGAGGUGUCCACCACUGGCAGUGCUCCAUACCAUUACAUCUAGUGGGAUUUGCUUCAAAAUGGAAUCAAAAUCCUCGCAGUCACAGGACUCACCGCUCUAUCUUUUGCACUCCUCGUGUUUCAAGGAGAACAAGACUGCAGUAAUGCCACUGGGAAGGGAGGAGCUUCAUUUGGUCGCCAUGUCUUGGAGGAAUAAUGAAAAGGGUUAUCCUUGUUUCUGGGGAUUCAAUGUUGCCUCAGGACUUUACGAUUCUUGUCUUGUCAUGCUGAACCUUAGGUGUCUUGGAAUAGUAUUUGAUCUUGAUGAAACACUCAUAGUAGCAAAUACAAUGCGCUCAUUUGAGGAUCGGAUUGAGGCCCUACAGCGGAAAAUAAACAGUGAGCUGGACCCACUACGCAUUUCUGGUAUGUUGGCAGAGGUCAAGCGUUAUCAAGAUGACAAGCAUAUAUUGAAGCAAUAUGCUGAAAAUGAUCAGGUUGUUGAAAAUGGAAAGGUGAUCAAAACUCAGUCUGAGGUUGUUCCAGCCUUGUCAGAUAACCAUCAACCUAUUGCUCGGCCAAUUAUACGAUUGCAGGAGAAGAAAAUUAUUCUGACUCGCAUCAAUCCACAUAUUCGUGAUACAAGUGUUCUUGUGAGGUUGAGGCCUGCAUGGGAUGAUCUCCGGAGCUACUUGAUCGCACGAGGACGCAAGCGUUUUGAGGUUUAUGUUUGCACAAUGGCUGAAAGGGAUUAUGCUUUAGAAAUGUGGAGGCUUCUUGAUCCAGAUUUAAAUUUGAUAAACUCAAAGGAGCUAUUGGAUCGCAUUGUGUGUGUCAAGUCUGGUUUGAGAAAGUCGCUGUUCAAUGUCUUCCAAGAUGGGUUAUGCCAUCCUAAGAUGGCAUUGGUCAUUGAUGAUCGCUUGAAAGUGUGGGAUGAGAAAGAUCAACCACGGGUUCAUGUUGUUCCUGCAUUUGCUCCAUACUACGCUCCCCAAGCCGAGGCUAACAAUGCUAUACCUGUCUUGUGUGUGGCAAGAAAUGUUGCCUGCAAUGUUAGAGGUGGUUUUUUCAAAGAAUUUGAUGAGGGUCUUCUACAAAAGAUUUUUGAAAUUUCACAUGAAGAUGAUAUUAAAGAUAUUCCCUCUCCUCCUGAUGUGAGCAACUAUUUAGUUUCUGAGGAUGAUGCUUCUGCUUCAAAUGGCAACAGAGAUCCCCUUUCUUUUGAUGGCAUGGCUGAUGCUGAAGUUGAAAGAAGACUAAAGGAUGCCAUAUCUGCUUCUUCAACAGUUGCUAAUCUAGAUCCAAGUCUCGCUCCUGCUCUUCAGUAUCCAAUUGCGUUGGCCUCUAGCUCAAUUUCAGUUCCAACAACUCCAGUAUUAUCACAAUUUCCUGAUGUUCAGUUUCCUCAGUCGGCUUCACUUGUUAAACCAUUGGGCCAUGUUGGGCCCCCAGAACCAUGCUUUCAAAGUUCUCCUGCUAGAGAAGAGGGUGAGGUACCAGAAUCAGAAUUAGAUCCUGAUACAAGGCGGAGGCUACUCAUAUUGCAACAUGGGCAAGAUACAAGAGAACAUACAUCAACUGAACCCCCAUAUCCUGUAAGACCUCCAAUUCAAGUUCCUACUCCUCAGUUGCAGUCACAUGGUGGCUGGUUUACGGUGGAGGAAGAGAUGAGCCCACUACAACUGAGCCGAGCAGGAGCCAAAGAAUUUCCUUUAGAUCCAGAACCAAUGCAUAUUGAGAAGCAUGGGCCUACUCAUCCACCCUUUUUCCCCAAGGUUGAGUGUUCGAUUGCUUCUGAAAGAGUUCUUCAUGAAAAUCAAAGAUUGCCAAAAGAGGCAUUUCACAGAGAUGAUCGGUUGAGAUUAAACCAUACACUGUCUAGUUACCGUUCUUUCUCAGGUGAGGAUAUUCCAUUGAGUCGACCAUCUUCCAGCAACAGGGAUUUUGACUUCGAAUCUGGACGAGGUGUUUCAAAUGCAGAAACUCCAGCUGGAGUCUUACAGGAUAUCGCAAUGAAGUGUGGAACCAAGGUGGAGUUCAGGCCAGCUUUGGUUGGUAGCACGGAAUUGCAAUUCUCCACGGAGGCUUGGUUCGCAGGGGAAAAAAUUGGUGGAGGAAUUGGUAGGACGAGAAGGGAAGCCCAACGUCAGGCCGCUGAGGGUUCAAUUAAGAACUUGGCUAAUAUGUACAUGUCACGCAUUAAAACUGAUUCUGGGUCUAUGCAUGGGAAUGUGAGUAUCCUUAGUGCAAACAUCAAUGGGUUUCUAGGUAAUUUGAAUUCUUUUGGGAAUCAGCCAUUGUCCAAAGAGGAGCCUGUUUCAUGUUCAACUGCGUCCAAUCCAUCUAGGCUUCUAGACCCUAGGUUGGAAGGCUCUAAGAAGUCAAUGGGUUCACUCUCUGCACUGAAAGAAUUAUGCACUCUGGAAGGCCUUGAUAUAGCUUUUCAACCUCGCCCUCCACCUUCUGGUAAUUCAGUUCAGAAUGAUGAAGUUUAUGCUCAGGUCGAAAUAGAUGGACAGGUCUUAGGGAGAGGGAUUGGGCUAACAUGGGAUGAGGCUAAGAUGCAGGCUGCUGAAAAGGCACUCGGAAGUCUAAGAUCAAUGCUCGGUCAAUUUAGUCAGAAACAUCAGGGUUCUCCUAGGUCAUUGCAUGGUAUUUCGAAUAAACGUAUGAAGCCAGAAUUUCCGCAAGUUCUGCAGCAGAUGCCUUCUUCUGCUAGAUAUGCCAAGAAUGCUCCACCUGUCCCCUGAAAGACUAUAGAACCUUCCCUCAUUUUGGCAUGGCUGCCGUUGGGAUGUUUUGAUGGUAAAUAACAAACUUAAAGACGGACAAGGACCAUUCAGAUCCAGGACUGCCAAUUGACUAUUGGCCCUACAUUCUUCUUAAGAUCUCUAAAAGAUGAGCGGAACUCCCAACAGAUGAUCUUUUGGCUUCAUCUCAUAUUGAUUUGAAAGCAGAGACACCAAAUUGACUCCAGUCCCGAGGUAUAUGUGUUUCAAGAUUUUUUCGCUCCCUAUCCUAUGAGCCAUUUUCUCCUCAAAUUGCUUACAGACCUGACAUGAAGAAAGAGGGCUCUUCUUGAGGGCGAGUAGCAUGUAGUCCCACUAUUUGAUGUGGCCGGCGCUGUAAGUGCCAUUCUUUUCUGUGAGCCGAUCUGGGUUGGAUUUAAUUGCAGUGUAAUUGUGUUUGUUUAAGCCGAAGAAAACUGAAUAUGGUGUUGACCAAGGGAAGUGCCAUGCUCGGUGUCGUAAUUUACUAACCAUUGACAGUCCUACCCAAUCCACAGACUGUUUUCCUCAUCGCCACCUCUCUGAAGAUACUUAAUUUCAUUGUCCUGAGAUUGGCAAAAGUUAAUGGCGAUAGUGAACCGAGCUGAUCUAUUACAGUUUCUUCACUUGUAAGUAUGGAUUGGAAAUCCCCGUCUCCGAUGCCAUUGAGGUGUUGUGUGAGUGGUUAGGUAGUUACUUCAAGGUGGAUGUUUUGUUUCGUAAGCAUGACUUGGAAGAUUUUCCCAACAACUCCUUUUGGAUUUUUUAUUUUUUAAUAUAAAAUCUGGUUAGACAUUGCAUACAUCCGGAAUUGUACAAUCGUCAAACGCUUAUACAAAAACAUGGUUUUGAAAUCAAUGGGCAGGGAGGCUGAUUUUUUGUGUA